GUCAGUCACUGUUGGCCACCCUGUUGAUUGUUAACAGCUGGGCUGUUGCAUGGUGUGGUUGUGAUCUUUCCUCUUAACCUGGGUAUUGCCAAAUCCAGGAACUAGACAGAGUUCUGUACUUGCUAAUGCUGGCAGCAAGACCAGCUGAAGAAUGCCGGGGCCGGGUGGGCCUGGGUCAGACUUCACCUGCCCCAGGGAGAGAGGAGCAGCCACCUGAUCCAUGAAGGGCAGCAGCGAGCUGAACUACCUUUGCAGGGGAACGUGACUUCUUGCACAGGAAGUGCAGCAUUGGCAUACUGUAGCUUCUAGCGGUAGUGUGGACCAGGCCUGCUGCCCUCCUCUGACUCCAGGGACCUCUGGGGGAGCUGGGUCCCUUACUGGCUGGAGAGCAUCAGCGUGAAGGCUACAGGCAGCUGAGAACCGGAGGGACACACCCUGCUGGGUCACAGUUAUUGGAGGAGGCCUACCCUAACAACCUCAUUUCAAAGGCUCAGUCUCCAAAUUCAGUCACGCUCUGAGCUCAUGCCCGUGGGGCUCUGCCAGGAGGAAGCUGGGGGCAGGACUCACGCCAGGAGGUGGCUGGCACAGUAUGGAGCGCCCGAGCAAGAUGGAGUUCUUCCAGAAGUUGGGCUACAGCCGGGAGGAUGUGGUCAGGGUGCUGGGCAAGCUGGGAGACGGUGCCCUGGUCAACGACGUGUUGCAGGAACUGAUCCAGACGGGCAGCCGCCCUGGGGCCCAGGAGAGCCCUGCCAGCAGCACUGGGCCUCUGCUCGUUCCCCGGGGCUCCUGUGGAGUCCCAGACUCUGCCCAGCGGGGCUUGAGGUCAGCCCUAGAAGAGGACUGUGGAGACUUGGCCAGCUCCCUGCGUCCCAUAGUGAUCGACGGCAGCAAUGUGGCAAUGAGCCAUGGAAAUAAAGAAGCCUUCUCUUGCCGGGGAAUCCAGCUGGCUGUGGACUGGUUCAGGGAGAGAGGACACACCUACAUCAAGGUUUUUGUCCCAUCCUGGAGGAAAGAGCCAUCGCGAUCUGACACCCCUAUCAGAGAGCAGCACGUUCUGGAGGAACUGGAGCGGCAGGCGGUGCUGGUGUACACCCCGUCCCGCAAGGUGAACGGCAAGCGGGUGGUCUGCUAUGACGACCGCUACAUCGUAAAGGUGGCCUACGAGAAGGACGGCAUCAUUGUCUCCAAUGACAACUACCGUGACCUGCAGAAUGAGAACCCAGAGUGGAAGUGGUUUAUUGAGCAGAGGCUACUCAUGUUCUCCUUUGUCAAUGAUAGAUUUAUGCCUCCCGAUGACCCCCUGGGCCGCCGUGGACCCACUCUGAGCAACUUCCUGAGCAGGAAGCCGAGGCCUCCAGAGCCAUCCUGGCAGCACUGCCCCUAUGGCAAGAAAUGCACCUACGGCAUCAAGUGCAAGUUCUACCACCCCGAGAGGCCGCACCACGCACAGCUGCCUGUGGCUGAUGAGCUCUGGGCCAAGACGCGGGCCUGGCCCGGCGGGGGCGCCGAGGAGCCGCGGCCGCCGAGCGCCCGGGGCGGCCCCGCAGCAGCCCGGCCGCUCCCCGGGGAACCCUGCGCGCACAGCCUCCCGCGGGCGCCGGGGACCGCGGACCUGGCCGCCCUGCGCGCGGGCUUCUCGAGGCUGGCGUUCAGCGACGACCCCGCCGGCGGCUUCGCGCUCGGGCCUCGCGGUUCUCACUGGGCGCCCGGGCCCUCCUCCUCGCCGGCGGGCAUCUCUGCCACCCCGGGGCCUCCCGGCCUGGGGGCGCUGGCGCCGGGCCUGCGCAGCCUCCCAGGACCGCAGAGCCCCUUCGUCCCCGGCGACCUCCCGUCGCCACAAGUUCAGGUGCGGGGCGGACUUGGGCCCCGGGACCUGCGCGGUGACCUGCUUCCCCAGCGCAGACCUCCCGACGACCCGUGGGCCGGUCUGUCCGGAUCCGAGCACUUUCUGGGUGGCUCGGUCUGGGCGGAGCCGUCCUGGGGCGACGGCGCCUUUGGGGGAACUCUGGGGUCUGCUCCCAGGGCCGUGGACAGAGAGGUGGACGCUCGCGCCCGUGAGCGCACUGCGCUCUGUAGCGUCUUCCCUCCCGACCAGGUGGACAGCGUGAUGGCGUCCUUCCCCGCCCUCUCCGACCUCGCCAGGAUCAUCAUUCUCCUGCAGCGAUCCCAAAGGGCUGACGCGAGACUGGGAAACCCCUAAGGGACCCAUCCACUGCACGGAAUGGCCUUGCCGCUGGGGCUGGUGAACCAACAGUUGCCAGCCUGGGCCUGAGCAGCCCCCUCCCCUGCCAUCGGGUAAAAUGGUCAGGGGAGCCUGCUUCCCGCUGCUCACUGGAGGACUGUGGCUGAGGUCUGGGCCUGCAGUGUGGAGGGAGUGGUUUCUGAUGUGCUUGGAAGACUGCAGGUUUUACUGCAGCUCCAGUGCUCUGUCCAAGACAAAGCGUUUGUUUUUCGUUUGUUUGUUUUGGAUACUGGGGAUUGAACCCAGCCACUGAGCUACACCCCCAGCCCUUUUUAAAAUGUCGAGACUUGAGACUUGAGUUAAACUACCUAGGAUAGAACUUUUGAUCCCCUGGCUCAGCCUCUGGGGUUGCAGAGAUUACGGAGCUGCUUCGCCACACCAAGCUCUAAACAAAGCUGUGUUUGUGUCUCGGCGUAAGUAGUGUCCACAAGUGGGUCACCACCACACACGGACAGCAGAAUAGGAACUAUCACAGCACAAUCCAUGUACUCAGACUGCGUAUCAACUCUCCUUAAUGUGUACACUUAGUUUGGGUCAUGGUCAAAAGUUUGAUAGAGACUCCUAAAGAAUCUUGAAUUUCACUGCCUCAAGAAGUGUUUGAGAGAUGUAGUCAGGUGGCCUGGGGAGGUUCUGCUAUCUAGAAUUUGGCUAUUGCUAACCUCCCUCACAAGGGGAACCUAGCCUUGUGUGGCUGGGCUGGGCUAAGGUGUAUGUGAUCCUGAGGGUCUGCUCAUGGGGACUUCACCCGCUUUCCUCACACAUAUCACACCAAGCAUCACACUCAAAUAUAACACAUCACAUACACACACACACACACACACACACACA